AUGGCAAUCUACAAGCGCACAGAACUGUUAACAACCCUAAAACACGUAGGAACCCUCCUGGUAGAUCCUGACGUAGUACAGAACGCAUCAUUUCUUGCGUUGUUCGAUCGUUUCAAUGUACGAGUGCUCAAAUUUGAUGAGGACGAGCUCAUAUGCAACGAUGAUGUGGCAGCAAUACUUACGGACAAGAGAGGAGUGUUUGAGGAUUAUUUCACGGUUGUGUUGGCUGAUGGGAUUGAGUUUAGGUAUCCUUUUGUUUAUGGAUGGGUUAGUUGGGAUGUGCCUGGUGUGAGGAUGGUUAGGAUGUGUGAGAUGGGAGAGAGAAUAAGGGAGAUGAGGAGGAUGUGUGGGAAGGAGGAAGAGUUGGUGAAUGGUAGUAGAGGUGUUGGUGAGCAGCGUGUAUGCAGCGGUAGUGAGGUAAUGGGCAUGGAGGGCAGUUCUGUUAGCUUGUCCGCAUUUUCUAGGUCUGACAAGUCCUUGAUGGACCUGCUCAUCAUAAAACGUGAGAAGCACACACAAAGAAAUAUGCAGCGGUACAUUCAGCACCUGAAGAAAUGUGCAAUGAGCCUUUUUGCUGGUGCAAGCAUGGGGCGUAUAGAACUGUUCAAGAAGGGGUCAUCCACAAAGAGAAAGCUGUCAUCAAAACAGCAGCAAAUUAUAAAACAGAACGAGGAGCGAUUGAAGAAAAUAAAUGAGCAGAAGGACGGGACAUUUCUGCGCAAUUUCUUUGUGAAGUUCAAAAGCAUGUCGUUCACACGGAAGAGGAUGGCGCUCGAGAGCGUGCGUACCGAGUCAGCGGUUGUAAACCGGCGUAUUACGCUGCUCAAGAUCGAGUACUACCUUGACAGGUGGAGGAUUGAGAGCAGAAAGGAAAGGGUCGAUGAGAGAAUGCUGGUUGAUGUGUAUGUGAACUGCUUGGCGUUCUUUGAGAUCGAGGGACGGGAGAGGAGCGAGUGUGAGUACGUGGAGAGCGUGAUGAGGGAGAUAGGAUUUGGUGCUACGGCUGAUGAAUUGCUUGGCAGGGAUGGCGAGAUG